GGUAGGUCGAUUGUCAUACGAAAAGUGUUUUUUUUAUUUGGCCUUUUAUAAUAAGAAUUUUUAGAAAUUUGGAAAAAAAAUUAAUUUAUAAAUAAAUUAUAAGAAUUUAUUUCGAUAAUAUGGCUGAAGAUAAAGAUCAAAUUUUAGCAGAUUUUCAAAGUAUUACAGCUAUAGAUGAUGUUGGGGAAGCUUUUUCACAUUUAGAAAAUUGUAACUGGGAUUUAAUGACUGCCAUACAAAAUGUUAUGCCUCAAGAAACAAGUCCUGUUGAACCGAUGGUUCAAAAUGAUUUUUCCAACUCUAGCAACUCAAACUUAACCCGCUGGAAUUCAAGUGGUUUAGAAAAUACUUUUGCUCCCAUACCUUCAACUUCUUCUUCAAACUCAAAUAUAAUUGAUCUCACAGCAGACAUUACUCCAAAUUCUCUUAAGAAAGAUAAUAAAGAAAUUAUUUUUAAUAUACACUUCAAUCAGCAAGUUUAUACGAUUACACUUCCAUCAAGUGCUUCUGUCGGAGAUCUUAAAGAUCGAAUAUUUGGCCUGACAAAAGUUCCUAUUUGCCGACAAGCCAUAAGGGGGUGGCCUCCAGCCAAAAUUCAUGAAGCUCAAUUAUCAAGUACAGUACUUUCAAGUUUGGAUUUAUCCAUUGAGAACGAAUUAAUAUUAAUCGACUUAACUGAUGAUGCUUAUGGAGAAGAAAACUUCGAAAUUGCUAGAAGAUUUGCUGAAACAUUUACACUGAAUAUUAUUCAACAGCCGGAAGGAAAAUCAAUAUCUUUACCUUUUCCUGGUGAAAAAACCAUUUUAGAUGUUAAAAAUGAUAUUUAUUCCAUAACUGAUAUACCAGUUCGACACCAAGAUUGGACCGGUUGGCCAGUUGGGUCCAAUAAUACAACAACAUUAGCGCAAUCAGGUAUUGAGCUACAACACAAUUUAAUAUUACGUUCAUCUGCCAAUGAUAAGCCUAAAAAUAAUUCUAAGCCAAGUAGAAGUAAUAAUUUUGUAAAUAUUGAUUCAGAUAGCUCCGACGAGUUUGAGGACGCAUCUGAUUUUAAUGCCGAUGAUGAUUUUUUCUCUGAUUCUCCUGCUCAGCCCCGUUUAAAACAUUUAAUACCAGACAACACAGACGACGAAACGUUAGGUUCAAUACAAUUUGUUGAAAAUUAUACGCAAAGAUAUGGCGAACCACAUCCAGUAUUUUUCCAAGGUAGUCUAGAAGACGCAUUAAAAGAGGCUUGCCACAAACCAGCUAGAGAUAGAAAAUUAUUAGCAAUAUAUUUACAUCACGAUGAUAGCGUUUUAACAAAUGUUUUUUGCGAUCAAUUACUACGUUGUGAAAGUGUUAUGCAAACAUUAAUGCAAAGUUUUAUAUUAUAUGGAUGGGAUUUAACACAUGAGAGCAAUAAGAACUUAUUUUUAUCAUCAAUAUCAGCAUGUGUUGGAGUUACUGCAUCAAUUACAGUUAGAAAUAUUCCUGUUGAUAGAUUACCCGCUAUUAUAAUUAUUGCAAAAAGUAGAAGUACAUGUGAAGUAUUAUCUGUGAUUAAUGGUAAUGUUGGAGUUGAUGACUUACUUUCACGAUUAAUGGAAACAGUAGAAAUGUACUCAGAGCAUAUUAGAGUUGAAGUAAGAGAAGAAACAGAAAGAGCAUUACGAGAACAAGUUAAAUAUGAACAAGAUAUGGCAUAUCAACAAACAUUAGAAGCCGAUAUGGCUAAAGAGGCUGCAAAAAAACAAAAAGAAUUAGCGUUAGCUGCUGAAAGAAAACGAUUAGAAUCUGAAAAAGCUGAACAGGAAGCUAAAAAGGAAAUUGUAAGAUUGCAGGCUGAAAAUGCGUUGCCUGAUGAACCGAAUGAAUCUAUAACUGAAAAUGUUACGAAAAUUCGUAUUAGAACACCACAGGGAGAAAAUUUAGAAAGACGAUUUUAUGGUCACGACAAAUUACAGGCUCUCUUAAAUUAUGUUACAUCUAAAGGAUUUCCAGUCGGAGAAUAUAAAGUUAUAUCAGGAUGGCCACGUAAAGACUUAACGACUAUUAACCCUACAGAAACAUUUAAAAGUUUAAAUUUAUUUCCUCAAGAAACUGUGAUUCUUGAAGAACGAUGAUCAGCAAAUUUUAAUAUUAUUUUUUUUUUUUUUUUUUAAUUAUACAAUAUUUAAUUAUAAUCAGUGAAUAGUAACAACAACAUUCUUUAAUAUAUAUACAUAUAUAUAAAUAUAUAUAUUUAUAUAUACAUAUAUAUAAAAUACAUAAUUAUAAAAAAUUGAAAAAAAAAAAAGAAAAAAA